AAUUGCACUGCCUCGAGGAUCAACCCUUUACCUCAUACAUAUGCAGUAAAUGAAACCUCAGUUUCAACCCUCCAGCCUCGUCUUGCUUCCUUUUUUUUCUUUCCUCUUUUCCUCCUUUUCCCCUAUAAAAUGCUGGCGUUGUCGAGUACUUCAUCUCGGAGUCCUCGUCCGCCACCUAGGUGAACCUUUGAUAUGGAUACUACCUAGGUACCUAGAUAACUGAUAACUGAGCAAGAUAUGCCAUUUUACAUAUAAAACAAAAAAAAAAAGAGGAAGAAAAUGGCGGAAGUUAUUGGGACGGUUGGGUCCAUUAUCAGUAUUGCUGAUUUUGGGCUCAAGUUCGCGAUGACCCUACAAACUUAUAUCGUAACAGUGGCCGAUUCGCAGGAAAGCUUGCGGGACAUUGCAUUCGAUGUCAGCGCCACGGCGACCGCUCUGGAACAGCUCCAUGAGUUUGUCAAGACAGACCAGAAUGGAAAAACGAUCGCAAACGACUCGGGUUUGGAACAAGUGGUGAAGCUGGCAUCGCAAUGCAAGCAGGUCUACACUGCAAUCUUCAAUCUUAUCGCCAAGGCGGCCGGUGUGCAGUUGGAUAGCAAUAGCGACGCAUCUCUUAAUGAUGUAGAUCUGAAUAACUUAAAGGCCUCGAGCUUAAUGCAGAAGCUCAAGUGGCCCUUCAAAGAACCUCGCAUUAAGAAGCACCAGGAAGAGUUGAGAUGGCUUAAAAUCAGCUUGCUCUUCCACUUACAACUCAUGCAGCUUGCCAAAACAAAGAUGACAGCACCAGCUAAGCUACAAACCUCUCUGGAUGACGAGGCAGCUGUAGCAGCUACCCUCGUGAAACUUCUAGAGCGCAAGGAAGCGUAUACCAAGAGAAUGGUAAUGGAACGGAAGAAGAAGAAGAAGAGAAGAAAAGCCAAAAUGAAGGCAAAGGAACCAUCCAAGGCCCCUUCCACGAACACAAUAGACGAAGGUCCGUCUGAAAGCUCAAAUCUCGACCGCAAGAUGUCUCCUGCGCUUGGUAAUGAUUCUCCUACAUCCGAAAUCAUUCUUAUGCAGAAUCUGUCACCCGAUAAAAUAGACAACAAAGAAGAGCCAUCCAAGUCUGAUCUCAACCUUGGUAUACCUACCCGUCUAAGUAUCACGAGUCGUAUCCUAGCGAAUGUGCCAACUGAGAAAUUUGGUGCCAACUCGAUGGGGGGGAUGGAGCCUCAAGAGACCACCAGGGGCAACAUCACACCAGAAAAUCCCGGCCAAGAGUCAAAGUCGCAGAUCGCGACAAACAAGACAAAUAAUAGACCUUCCCGAGGACGUGUGAGAACGCAAGAUUCGAUAUUCCCUGCGCGACACGAUGUACCAGAAAAGGAAUCAACCCAUCCAGACGCCAACAACGGGACGCAGCAUCCUUCCAACCACACAACAGAGGCUUCAGGAAAUAGUAAUACACUGGAAAUUCUACAGGAACCUUUUCGCGCGUUGCUACUGGGGUUUUCUAAGCUGCGCAAACCAUUCGAUUGGGAAAGCGAGGAGCUCGUCGCCUAUCUCAUCGAAGAGCAGUCGCGCGCCCCCGCCCGCCGACUGCCCCUCGGUCACCAGAAGCUGACCGACAUGCUCCGGCAGGCCAUGAAGUCGCGCAAGAACGGCGUGUGGGCACAGCACGCAAGCCUGAGCGCGGAGAUGAGAAAACGAGUAGACGAGACGACGGAGAAUGAGAACAGCUCGAGCCUGUUCCAAAAAAGGAUAUGAUCAGUCUCAUCACACAAAGACUCGCGGAUCUCGACUACGUACGAGAAAGGCGCUACCGGCUUAAAGGCCCUGAUGACCGUAUCAUCACAUCCACGACAUGGAAAGCAACUAUACACCCGGGCUUCGUCGUCUUUCUACACGCCAUCAGCGUCAUGAGCGCCAUCAAAGCCUCCCUUGAUCUGGAGCAGACC